CAUACUAUCUCAGACAGAGGAGUCUUUCGUUACCAAGGGUUACACCUGGCAUUUUAAUGUAAUUUGGCUCAUUCAGUCACACCAGGAUGCAUUAACUGUCAAGGCAUAUUUUGGCUGCGUUGAGGUCCAAUCUGAAUAUUCACAUAUUUCACAGGCUCACAUUACUCACAUUACAUCACAUUGUGUUAUAUGCGGUUACAAAUCACACACCCACACACUCACAAUGAAAGAUUAGAGAGCAAGUUGUGGGGCACUGCUGAGGAUCAUAACCCUGUGGUCAGGUAGCAUUCUCCAGGGCAUACUGUUGUUACCAUUAUAAGACCAUUUUUAGGAAAGGAUGCCUUCAGCACGCAAUAAACAGGUCUCACCUAAGCUUCUGUGCCCAAGGAAAUCUUAAACCCCAUAUACACUAGCAAAAGAGGGCUAAUGACUGCUGUAUGUGCUGCUUGUGGGAAUAAUGAACAACAUGCAUGGAGGGCAAAAACAAAAAACACAAAAAAACAUUUUUAAAUAUACAGAAAUCUGAUCUCAUAUCUGACCACUGGAGGCAUGUAGUCUAGCCAAAACCCAAAUAAAAAUAGUAUUACUCAUACAAGUAAUGACUCACAGAUAUGUAGCUUGUACCACAAAAACAACUUGAGUAGGAGUUCGAAUAGCAUAAUUAAGAAAAUACCGAACAACUGUGCUGAACAGCGUGAUUUCUUAGCAAAAACAGCAUCUAUCAGUAUUGCAAAUGAAGCUUGAGACUUACAAUUUCUUUUCUGAUGAAAUAAAAAAUAAAAAGCUGCAAGGUGAGAUAUACAAGUGCGACUAAAGCAGUGACAUGGAAUCACAUACAGAACUACGUGUGGACGACCAAAUGUAGAUCAUAAAUGAGCGUAAGUAAAAGUAAUAAGAUUUAACCAUGACUCAUGUAACUCAAUAACUAUAACUAGUUACUAAUCACCUCUAGUGAGUUGACGUUUGAGAGUACUGCUGUCAUGUUUGGACCCGUCACUGCGACCUGAGAGCUGAUAUCUGAAGAUCUGACAUCUGAGAUCUGAAGAGAUCUGAUAUGGCAGUUAUGAUUACAGAGGUCAGAUUGAAAGUACAUUAAUAAUGCCUUGUUUUCCCCACGCACACACUGGGGGGAAUACAAGAAUACCACCAUCUCGUCACAUGGUGUUCUUUACAGAUCUGUAGGAGACCGUGGGCUACUCAUUUCCACAGGGAAGACGAGGUCUAUUCAGACUUCACACAAAAGGUUUUAAAACAGCUAGACUCCAAAGACAUUCAGUUUAACAUAUAUUGGGCCUUAAACAUACAUGUACUGUUUAUUUUUCUCAUUUGUUCAUCUCUUGUUGCUAUUUUAUGAAUUUUGCUUGUGUAACAGACUUCUUUUAAACGAUCAUCUUGUUUAAAAACGUUUCGUAUAUUCUGCACCCUUGUCUCCUCUCUCAGCUCGUGUCAGGCCUUGGUGCAGUAUGAGAAAAAACGUGCAUGAAACGCUGUGACUUUACUGUAACGCGGAACACGCACCUUGGACAGGCGCACCAUCGGUAUGGAUGAACAGGAGCAGAAAGUGCAGAAAAAUGUAGGCUACGCAGUUUCAGAAACGACAGCCGGUCUGAGUCUUAAACGCCGCGCUGCUCACGUGACACGACCGAGCUCACGGAAACGGACCACCGCGCACGAGGAAGAUGGCGACGUAACAACAGCGGUAUUACCGUUAGCUAAUGGUACAGCAGUCCGGGAAACAUGCCGGUAUAACCAGUCUAGUCGGUCUAGGACGUGCAAAAUCAUAACCAGAGGUUCUUGGCUGUCGUUAAAUAUGUAGUGCACCCAGUGUCAUGGACAAAGAGAAAUUUGCGUCCGGUCCUAGCUCUUGGCUGGACAUGCAUAACUUCAUUGGUGACCUCGUGGCUUCUAGUGCGUCUGCCUCUGGUCAGCUGCUGAAAUAUCCUAACCAGCAGUCGCUGCGCUCUGCCUGGGAGACUAUGGGCCCGGAGGCAGCGCUACCCAAAACCUCUCGCCAAGCUCCCACUGCUGCAGCUAGGGAGAGCCCGGGGAAAAACAUGGCAAGGUUUGGUCUGCAGUCCGGAGAGAGCAGUGAGGAGUCUGCAGACUGUGACGACCAGCAAACAGUUCAGCCUCACACCUGCACCUGUCCAGGCUGCCCCUUGUCGUCCAUGCCUGGAGCGCUCUCUCUGCAGAGUCUGAAACCCGGAGGGAGCUCCUCCUCCACCCAGGUUCCACCUGCGGCUGCCUCAGAGUCCGCGUCACCGGCCCAGGCCAAAGGUACCAGCGCGGUCCCCGUCAGCCUGGGCUUGUGUCUUGGGCUGGGCCUUUCCCUGGAGGAGGGCACCGGCGAUCCCAGCAGCACGUCCAGCGCCGUGCCCGGUCGCCCCCGGCACCAGGACAAAGGUACCAGCACCCACAGCCCGACACAGGGCUCCGCCUCCAGCACCCAGGUGUGCCCGCACCCUGUCCCGGCCUUCCCCUGUCUCUGUUGCCACCGUGGCUUCCAGCCCUGCCCCCAUCUCCUCCGCCCCCAGCAGGGCUCCGACUCCCACUUCGCCCACACCCACGCGCACCACCACUACCACCACCACCACUGCCCACUCGCCUCGUGCCUGUCGUGCGCGGCGCCAGCUCCGGGCCGCCACGGUGCCCACUCACCGUCCCACUUCCCGUGCCUGGCGUGCCAGCGCACCUUCCCGACGUGCGCGCAGCUGCUGCGUCACCAGCAGAGCCACGCCCAGCGGGAGGGCCUGCAGCCGCACGCGUGCAUGCACUGCGCCGCGUCCUUCACCCGGCCCUCACAGCUCCUGCAACACCAGCGCGCGCAGCACGCCGCUCAGGCCGGCGGCUUCCUGUGCACCGAGUGCGGACGCGUCUUCGGCUCGCACAGCAACCUGCGCAUCCACCUCAACGUGCACACGGGCGCGCGCCCCUACUCCUGCGCCGACUGUGGCAAGAGCUUCAGUCAGUCGGGCGCGCUGAAGAUCCACCGGCGCAUCCACACGGGCGAGCGGCCCUACGCGUGCGCCUACUGCGGCCGCGGCUUCCCGCACCUGGCGGGCGUGCGGGCACACCAGCGCACGCACACGGGCGAGAAGCCGUACCGCUGCGCGCAGUGCGGGAAAUGCUUCACGCAGUCGGGCGCCCUCAAGAUCCACAUGCGCAUGCACACGGGCGAGCGACCCUUCGUCUGCGGCCUGUGUGGCAAGGGCUUCUCCAACCGCUCGGGCGUACGCUUCCACCACCGCACCGUGCACGGCAUCGUCACCAAGCCCAGCUCCGUGGGGCGGCCCAGCCUGGCCGGCGCCGGCGCCCAACGGGAACGGCCGGACCAAGCAGUGUCUGCACCCAGGGGAGGCCCCGCGAGCAGUGACCUGGAGGGGGACGAGGAGAGGAGGUCCCUGCCUUACACCUGCGAGGACUGCGGCCGGCGCUUUCGGGAUGCUCCGUCAAGAAACAAGCACCAGGCACUGGAGCACUACUCGAGUGAGGAGGCGGGGCAGGAGGCGGGCCAGGAGGAGGGGCCAGCAGAACAGGACAAGGAGCACACUUAAACAGACUCUGGUCUUCUAAACAUUCAUUAAGACAAUACCAUAGCUCGUUUUAAACCAUACAGUUUUGGCCAGACUUAAAUCCAAAUAAAGUAACUUGCAGGUGGUCUGAAAUCCUCCUAAUUUGGUAAUCUUUGUCAUUAAUGACGAGUAAUUUGGUUUUGAUAAAGCAUUUGCACGUUUUUAUGCUUGUCUGUGUGGCCUUAACAAAGCGUGUUUUGAAUAGCACUUUCAGAAACGACAACCUAGAAAGUAAGACAACUGCCACUGGAAGGAUAUUAUUACAAAUUCUUUUAUGCAAAACAUGCCAAAUAAAGAAAAAAUGAUUAUUCUUAAGUGGUAAUAAGCCAACUUGA